CUCUCACCUCUCCCUAUGACCCCGUGAAGUUUGCAACACCAGGAAGAAUUGCUUUACCCAGUUUUCAGGACACUUUCUCUGGUGACAUAAACUUGACGAGGAAGAGAGGAAGACCGACCAAUUUCAUCUUUUGCUCUUCGUUCUUCAGUGUUAUAGAACGCAUGAAAACUACAGUGGAUUUUUCAGUAGUUAAGACUAUGGUUACAAAAUCUCUUUCUAACCUUUCACUGCAAACCGACGAGAAUGAAAGCAACUUGAUUCCGGAGGUCUUAGAGACAGAUUCCUUGCCUUCCUCAGAACAGGGCACCGCGGAGUUCGUGAUCCGCUGCGUGAUCCCGUCGCUGUACCUGCUUAUUAUUACAGUUGGUUUGCUGGGCAAUAUCACCCUAAUGAAGAUCUUCAUCACUAACAGUGCUACGAGAAGCGUUCCUAACAUCUUUAUCUCUAGCCUAGCAGCUGGGGAUUUGCUGCUUCUGGUGACCUGCGUGCCAGUGGAUGCCUCUCGCUACUUCUUUGAAGAGUGGAUGUUUGGGAAAGUGGGUUGCAAACUUAUUCCCGCCAUACAGCUUACCUCAGUGGGAGUUUCUGUGUUCACUCUCACUGCGCUUAGUGCAGACAGAUAUAAAGCCAUUGUGAACCCUAUGGAUAUCCAGACAUCAGGUGCAGUCCUGUGGACUUGUGUGAAAGCCAUUGGCAUAUGGGUAAUUUCUGUGCUGUUAGCAGUUCCUGAAGCAGUAUUCUCUGAAGUGGCCCACAUCAGUAGCAUGGAUAAUGGCAGCUUCACAGCAUGUAUGCCAUACCCACAGACUGAUGAGCUACAUCCAAAGAUCCACUCAGUGAUGAUUUUCUUGGUCUAUUUCCUCAUACCUCUUGUUAUCAUAAGUAUUUAUUAUUAUCACAUUGCAAAAACAUUAAUCAAAAGUGCACACAAUAUCCCUGGAGAAUACAAUGAGCAUUCUAAAAAGCAGAUGGAAACACGAAAACGCCUGGCUAAAAUUGUCCUGGUCUUUGUGGGCUGCUUUGUGCUCUGUUGGUUUCCAAAUCAUGUGCUCUACAUGUAUCGAUCUUUUAAUUACAAAGAAAUUGACCCAUCCCUUGGCCACAUGAUCAUCACCUUAGUGGCUCGGGUGUUGAGCUUCUGCAACUCUUGUGUCAACCCAUUUGCUCUUUACCUGCUCAGCGAGAGCUUCAGGAGACAUUUCAACAGUCAGCUUUGUUGUGGGAGGAGGGCCUAUAGGGAGAGAUCUCCAAGCUACCUGCUUAAUUCCUCUGCUGUGCGGAUGACUUCUCUGAAAAGCAAUGCUAAGAACACAGUGACCAAUUCUGCCUUCCUGAAUGGGCACAGCAUGAAGCAGGAAAUGAAUCUGUGAUUCCAGUCAUUUGACUCACUAUCUUGAAAGAAUACACUCUCUUUAUAUCCUUGCUGAGCUGGGCAGGAUUAAACAAUUCCUUCCUUCUUCCCACGUUCUUUCAGCUAGUUCAUUAGAGGACUGAUCGCUGUUGACUCAGAGAAGGCAAGACAAACAAGACAAGUAUUUUUCUUUGAAUGGGUUUUUUAAUUACAUUCAACACAUGGAUUGCCUACAUAGAGAAAGACUGAAGACUGGUCUAAAACGUCUUCCAUGCUCUCAAUCUGCACCUCCCUCUCAAAAAAAAUCACCCCAGCUUGAUAUAACACAGUAUUACAAACUGUAAGAUUUAAGCAACUGCCACAGCUGACUGCAGAAUAUUUUCCUUAGAAGUGUUUUUCUUGGAAAUAUGACAUGAAUUUCUAUGUUUCUUAAGAUAUUCCAUAAGGGGUUACAUGAUACUGAGAUUUAGUUUUUUCAGAGACUUUUCCUUUCUGGUAUAGGUCACAUUUACAGAUGUUUACUUUGGGGAUUUCUACAAAUGGUGCCAAUAUAUGCACAAAAAUUUGGACCCAAAUUCUAAAUGGUGAUAAUAGUUAUUGAAAAUUCAGUGAAUAUGUCAACAUCAAAUGCAUCCCUGAACUUCAGAAGUUUGGCUUCUAAGAUGAUAUAUGUUUUUUUAAAACACAGUAAAAAAAAUAACAAUAAUAAUUCACUAAACAAUGAAAUAGCAUAAUGGUUAGUACCAUCUGUACUAAACAGUAGAAUUCUUCUUUGGUGAUGAAUUGUUCCUGUUGGUAUGGUCAAGUACAUGUAUGCUGUCCCUUGAGAACAGUAGUUAUAGGAGCUCUGCAAUUCAUGUCAGCUUCUGAACCACCACCACAACAAACUAUUUAAAAUCUAUAGCUGAUUAAGUUGUUUUAUGGUUCACAUCUCAUAGGAUCAUAGAUUUAGAGUCAGAAUGGACUUCAGAGGCCAUCUAGUACAACUUCAUCUUUUUAUAAAUAUGGAAAUAGAGACCCAGAGAGAUUAAGUGACUUUACAGAAGGCCACAUAAGGAACAAGUAGCCAAACCAAGAUUUGAAUGUAAGUCCUCUGGUUCCAUAUUCAGACUGCUAUCCACUAUGCCAUACUACUUCACACUCUGCUGUGAAUUGGUAUCUUUUUUUUUUUAAUCUAAAAGCAAAUCUGGUCUUAAUUAAAUGAUCCAAUCUUCAAUCAUGAAUCAGAAAGCCUUGCCUUUGAAUCAGCCCAUUUUAAAUCAUUGCUGUUUUCAAACGACAUAUGGCAGAAUGAGUUAGAUUAUUUAGGUAAUAAAAUGCCAGGGGGCUAUAGGGUAGAUGGUAACACCUAGAAGCCAUAUAGCUUAUCAGAAGAAAUGCAGUUGUUGACUUUUAUCUUAUUCAAACAUUGUGAACAAUCAAGUGGUCAUUUCAAGUGAUAAGCUCACUACUUCACAAAGUAUUUUAUAUUCACAUAGUUCUAAUUGUUUGAAGUUCUUCCUUAUAUUGAGAAGAAAUCUGCCUUCUCAUAAUUUUCACCCAUUGAUUUUAGUUUAGUCUUGUGAAUACAUAUAAAGGGCAACGCUUGGGUUCAAAAAACUCACCACGUAACUAUAGAAUUAGAGAGAUGUCUGCUAUGUACACUGUUUCCCUUUUUGACCACCAUAAAUUCUUAGGGUCAAAUGGUCCCUUUCCCUUUAGGUGCCCAAAACUUCUGCUUGACCACCCAGUUGCUCCUCAAUAGUCAGAAUUAGUUACACAUUAAUACUUCAUUAAAGUCCUUUACCUUAUGGGAACUAAAAUUGUUAUAAAACCAAGGAUUCAUUUCAUAUAGCAUUUUUAGUGGAAUAAUGUUUUUGGCAGAUGUCUGUGGAGUUUAAAUCCCCCAUCACUAGUAUAUUUGACCUCCGUGCCAAUUCAAUGGUCUUCAUCAGUAAUUCAUCAUCCAUUUCCUCCAUCCAUCAAGGUGGCCUGCAUUACAUUUCUGUGAAAUAAUUUGUUUUUCUUUUCUUAUGUCUUCACACAAAUAUUUGCUACCGUAUUUUAGGUUCCUGUAUUUCUGUAUAGAUACAGACUUUGAACAACAUUGCUAAGCUACUGCCUUUUAAAUUGGAUCUGUUUCCUUAACAUUAAAUGCAACAAUUAUUAAUUGACUGUUAUAUAUAAAGCACUCUCCUAGGCACUGGGGAUACAAAGACAAAAAUGAAAUUGUUCCUGAGAUUGACAUAUUUCAGUCAUGAAUUCUUUCCCACUAAGGCCCAACAAUACAUAUGAGGUUAUUUAUCAUUUACGUGUUGAAAUUUCAAUAUUCUUUAUUAUUUAUGUUUUGUGCUGUUAAAUAAACAUCUAAAGAUGUCAGAGCUUUUCCUGUCCCUCUUUAUCAUUAUUUUCUUCUGUGAAAAGUGGAAAAUCUCAACUAGGUUACACAAAUCCCUCUUUUUGUUUUACUUUGUAUUCCCUUUAGGAACAAGUUUAUAAUUUAUCUACAGCUUUUUCCCCCUUCCCUCUUUCAUUUUUAAAUUCUCUUGAUCAAACUAGAAAGCCUCUGGCCAUAUAUAGUUUUCUCAAUCCUCAUUAUAUGUCCUUCAUCCAUAGUCAAGAAUUUCUCAUUCCAGUAUCUUAAGCUAUCUGAAAAAUUAAGUCUUGCUUUUUUGACAGCAUCUUCAUUCAUAGCCAGCUGUUGACUUUAUAUAGCCUCCUUUCUUUUCCAAAUUCAUAUCCUUCAAUUCACAUAUGUCAUGGCUUAUAUCCAAAAUCCUGUUAAUUUAAAAUGUCUGAAUAAUUUUAGUAUUUAACCUGACAUCUGGCCAAUGCU